CUCCACUUGCAGAACUUAGAAGUUGCUGGCCAAACAGCAUUGUUUGUUGGCCGGACCGGUGCUCAGCGAGGCAGAUGCCUCCCAACGGGAAGUCUUCCCCGGAGGGGCAAGUCUGGUCAGGUGAUGGGAAAACGCAGGACGAACUUAUGCUGAAAGACGAAUGCAUUUUGGUGAAUUACCUGGAUGAGGUCAUUGGGCACAACAACAAGUACAACUGCCACAAGUUCGCACCUGGGCAACCACGCGGUCUGCUGCAUCGCGCCUUCUCCGUCCUGUUGUUUGACCAGGAGAAUCGCUUGCUGUUGCAGCAACGGGCCAAGUGCAAGAUCACGUUUCCACUUGUUUGGACAAAUACUUGUUGCAGCCAUCCCUUGUAUGGCAUGAAGCCCUGCGAAGUGGAUGGGCCCGUGGCUGUGGCAGCCGGCGACCCUCGCGGUGUGAAGGCUGCCGCUGUGCGGAAGCUUGGCCAUGAGCUGGGCAUCCCGGCAGAAGAGCUGGAAGCUGCGCGCUUCAAGUUCCUCACCCGUGUGCACUACUGGGCCAUUGAUGUUUGCACCUAUGGCUCCGAGGCUGUAUGGGGCGAGCACGAGAUCGAUCACAUCUUGCUGUACCGCUUAAAGCCGGGCGAGAAGCUCACACUGAAGCCCAACCCAGAGGAAGUGGAGGCGACGCGCUGGCUUGGAAGAGAGGAGCUGAUUGAGGCCAUGAAGGGGGCAGGUGACAUGCCGCUGUGGUCGCCUUGGUUCCGAAUCAUCACCGAGAGGUUGCUGGAUGCGUGGUGGAAGGAUUUGGAGGCUGCAUUGUCCACGGACAAGUAUGUGGAUGUGGCCUCGAUCCAUCGUUUCGACACUGCCCCGGAGUUCCAUGGGGGCCUAGGCAAGGCCAAGCCCUUCCUGGAUGGCGUUGCCAAGGCAGAGGCAGCAGCUCUUAAGGAAGGUGGCGAGGAGGCUCGCCGGAAAGUGGCGCUGGACGCCGAACACGAAGAUCGUGUUAUUGGCUUUGUUGGUAGAGGACAAGCUGAAGUGGGUUCGUCAGCAGGUGAUGUGAAGCAGGGAGGCUAUGGAAAGGUGCCUACGCACAAGAACCCCAAGCUUGACCAGCUUCUGAGGCCCUUGGAGAUCAUCUCUGCUCUGCGGCUGAAGUGCACAGGGCUCUUGGAGAACAACCUGAAGGGCCAGUGCGAUGUUGACGUCGAGUUCUGUGAUGAUAUGCUCGGCAAGGUUUCUAGGUCAUUUGCAGCCGUGAUCCGGCAGCUGCCUACACAGCUGGGCAUUGAUAUUUGUAUUUUCUACUUGGUUCUGCGAGCCCUGGAUACAGUUGAAGAUGAUAUGGAGGCCUACAAAGGUCGAGAAAGUGAGAAGCAGAAGGAACUGAUCAGCUUUGGCGACAAAAGGCUGACGGAUCCCAACUGCAGCAUAAGAGGCGUUGGCGCAGCAGACGAGCGCACGCUCAUUGAGAACUUUGGCCGUGUGGCCAAGGUAUUUGCCAAGUUGCCUGAAGGCAGCAGGGAGGUGAUCAAGGACAUCACAGACAAGAUGGGCGCGGGCAUGGCGGAGUAUGUUUCCGCAGACCUGGCGCAGGGAACCGUGGAUCAAGCUGCCUACAACCGCUAUUGCCACAUGGUGGCCGGCCUUGUGGGCGAAGGCCUCACGAGGAUCUUCGUGUCCAGCGGCUUGGAGAGUGCAGACUUGGCAGGACAAGGUGAGCUUGUCUGGCCCUUUUGUGCUGAUCCAAAGGAGCCUUCAAAUCUGGGCCUGGCAAACUCCAUGGGCCUCUUCCUGCAGAAGACCAACAUCAUCCGCGACUACCUGGAGGAUUAUGUAGAUGGCCGAGCUUUCUGGCCCCAGUCGGUCUGGAAGACCUAUGCCUGCUCCAGUGAUCUUGGCGAGUUCGCAUUGCCAACCGCUCAUGGAGCUGGACUGGUCUUGCCAGUGAAGGCGGGUGGGGAGAUCCUGGCAAAAGGUGUCGGUGUGCAGGCACUCAUGUGCCUCAACCACUUGGUGGCAGACGCACUGGAGCUGGUUCCAGAUUCCCUGGAGUACCUGGAGAGAGUGCGGACCCCACCCAUCUACCGCUUUUGCGCCAUUCCGCAGGUCAUGGCCAUCGCCACUUUGGCGGUGUGCUUUGACAACCCCCAGGUGUUCACGGGCGUCGUGAAGAUCCGAAAAGGGCUCACAGCACGUCUGAUAGUGGCAUGCUGUGACGGCCCUGAUGCCGUUCAUUUCUGGUUCAGGCAGUUUGCUGAGGAGAUCCUGUCGUCGGUUAGGAGUGGGAAGUGUGUUGGAGCUGCUGGCCCCAUUGGCGAGAGACUCGCCAAAAGUUGCGAGCGGAUCAUUGAGAGGACGGACAAGCGGUCACAGACUUGGGCCAGCAAGCAGACGCAGAAGCGCCUGGCUUUGGGUGCUAUGACGGCAGUGGCAGUGUCCACCAUGUUUAUGCGUGCCUCUGGGCAGAGCAGCUCAAGGUGAAGCGAUCUGAUGCCUCUUGUGUGCCGUGCCGAUGUGCCGGCGGAACUUUUUGCAAGGUGCGUUUUCCAUCAGUUAUGUGGCAAUCUGCUGGUGCCUUUCACAGAGAGCGCCACGAAUGCCCUAUCCAUUUUCCAACGGCGCAAGCUCUACGUUUUGUGGAA